CCUCAGUAGCAGCAGAGCAACCUCCUUGUGUGGCAGCGUCACUCCCUCAGGAUGAUGGGCCCUUUUGUGUUGCUGAUGGCUGUUACUGUCUGUCUUUCUGUCCUGGAGACAUCUGGGAAGCCAUUUAGAAGUUCGUCUCAAGAUGGCAUCCCACGAAGAUUUCGAAGGAGCAUCCCGGUGAGCAAUCCCUAUGAAGCCGACAUUAUGUCCUACUUACCCCCAGAACCUAUUGAGCCACUGUAUCCUGAAAUCAGCCAAGCUAUGGCAGCUCAUCUUGCCAGCUAUUUAAAUGAAGAGCUCUUGGCCCAAGCUUUGGAGAGGAUGGGUCCAGGCCACAGAGUGGAGCCCACUCAGGAUAAUAUUUCCCUCCAGCAACUGGUAGAAGAAGGGCAGAGAAGAGAUAAGGAAGCCAUGUACCUGGCAAAUCUUCUCCAGAUGUGGAACCAGAUUAAUCAGGGACAAGGCUACGCAGAACAACAACUGCAGAGUCUAAAAGGUCCACUGAUGGCUGAUGACGGAUUCCAGGGAGCCUACCCAGACUAUGAUGAAACAAGUGUAUCUUCAGUCCCUAUCAAUCCACAAGUUCUAAGGAACCAAAUGGCACAAGUAUUGCAGAGUCGUUACAGGCAGAAUGGGGGAUAUGAAGGCCCUGCUCCUCGUUUGCAACUGGAUGAUCACAGUGGUAAUGGGAAAACAAUGGAUGAAGAGAUGCUGAGGUACCUCGUGACACGGGUGCUUUCUGCAAUGAGUGAAACUGAGAUGCCCCAACGUCUCCCGCCGCCAUCUACUCGCCGCCUGCGUCGCUCUCUUGACGACGAGCAUGUAGGCGAUUCCACACCCAACCUCCUACGUGUGAAGAGGCUAGAUGACAAUACAGAACCUGACUACCCCCCAGGAAUGCUGCUCCGCAGGAAGAGGAUUGAGGAUGGGCCAGAGAUUCAGAGUCGAAACAAACGCUUAACUGAACAUAGAGUUGCUGAGCAGCUCCUGAAAUACCUCCCUGAAUAA